AUGUUUGUGGAGAGCAUGGAUUUGACGGUGCAGCUGCACCGCAUCUUUCUGGAUGACAGCGGCCGGCAGCGGCAGGGGCUGACAUCUCGUGAGAAUCAGGAGAUGAUGGAGCUUGAUGCCAGCGCUGUGGCCUACUUGAACUUGAGGCGGGGUGAUAUGUUAGCCAUCUUCCAAGGCCGCAGAAGCACCGAAGUUGUGGCUGCAUACCGCUCGGCACUGCACGCCGCUCCAGAGCACAACUCCCACUUUGCAGAGAUGGUGGCAGCUCUGCGCCUGUUCCAGGCUCUCAUCGUUGGCGCCGCCGGACCGCGCUGGUCUCUGGAGGAGGUGCGCGGCCUGCUGGCGACCGCCAAGAGCGCGCUGGCCAAGUGCAAGCCCUGGAUGCCUCCGGAAUUGCACGAUGAUUUCAGGGGCAUAAUUGCCGAUGGCACCCACUUUGUGAACGAGGCGGCAGCGCGCGGUCCUGAGCAGGCAAUGCUGCCGGCCCUGGAAGGGACACAGCUGGACAAGACGCAAUUCAUCGCCGUCCCCAAGUGCAGCGGCUGCGGGCAGCAUGCCAGCACCCUGAAGAAAUGCUCCCGCUGGCGCACGGUGGCCUACUGCAGCCACGCCUGCCAGGUGCAGCACUGGAAGGAGGGCGGGCACAAGCAGCAGUGCGCACAGCUGGCGGCGGGCAGCACUGGCACUGGCAGCAGCAGCAGCAGCAGGACCUGA